ACCAAUGAGCUUCCAGAACACUGGAGGGGUGGGCGGGCUCGGACCAAACGCGAACAUGGCGGCGUCCGUGGAUGAUGAUUUUGAGUUAAAUAACCAGGACUAUUACGCUCUACUCAACGUCAGGAAAGAGGCUACAUUGGAGGAGCUAAAGGCAUCGUAUCGGAGGCUGUGUAUGCUCUACCAUCCUGACAAACAUCGAGACCCAGAGCUGAAAAGACAAGCCGAACAGCUUUUCAACCAGGUGCACCAGGCGUAUGAGGUGCUGAGUGAUGCUCACUCCAGAGCCAUCUAUGACAUCUUUGGGAAAAAAGGGCUUGAGGUGGAAGGCUGGGAGGUGGUGGAGAGGAAGAGAACUCCAGCAGAAAUUCGAGAGGAGUAUGAAAGGCUGCAGAGAGAAAGAGAGGAGAGGAGACUGCAGCAAAGAACUAACCCUAAGGGUACCAUCAGUGUCGGUGUGGAUGCAACGGACCUGUUUGACCGCUAUGAUGAGGACUUUGAAGAGAUGCCAGGAGGAGGCUUUCCUCAUAUUGAAAUCAACAAGAUGCACAUUUCCCAGUCCAUAGAGGCCCCUUUGACGAACUCUGACACAGCAGUGCUGUCUGGUUCACUUUCUACACACAAUGGGAACGGAGGGGGCAACAUUAACAUGACAAUACGAAGGGUUACUUCAGCCAAGGGCUGGGGAGAGGUCGAGUUUGGUGCAGGAGACAUUCUGGGACCACUCAUUGGGUUAAAGGUGUUUCGCAAUGUCACUCCACGGUGUUUCUUGACAGCCCAGUGUGGUUUGCAGUUCUCUCCUCGAGGUUUGCGACCGAGCUGUUCUCUGAUGACGGCGCGCCACCUGGACCAGAACACCAUGGGUUACCUUCAGUGGCGCUGGGGGCCCAAUAGCGCCAUGACUACCAGCCUGGUCCGAGACACAAAGAGCAGCCACUUCACUCUAGCUCUGCAGCUGGGUGUGCCUCACUCCUACCUGAUGAUGAGCUACCAGUACAAGUUCCAAGAUGAAGACCAGACUAAAGUUAAAGGCUCUGUCAAGACAGGCUGGUUUGGCACUGUGGUGGAAUAUGGAGCAGAGAGGAAGAUCAGCCGACACAGUGUCCUGUCAGCCACUGUCAGCAUCGGCGUCCCACAGGGAGUCACACUCAAGAUCAAGUUGGCGCGUGCCAGUCAAACUUACCUGUUUCCAGUGCACCUGACAGAUCAGCUGCUGCCCAGUGCUGUCUUCUAUGCCACUGUGGGACCCCUGCUGGUCUACAUGGCCAUCCACAGACUGAUCAUCAUCCCAUAUACACAAGCACAGAAACAGCAAGAGCUGGAGCUGCAGAGGAAGAGUUCUGCCACGGACAUCGCCAAGAAGAAGCAGGAGGCAGAGUCUGCCGUUCUGCUGAUGCAGGAGUCUGUGAGGAGAAUCAUAGAAGCAGAGGAAUCCAAGAUGGGUCUGAUCAUCCUGAAUGCCUGGUAUGGAAAGUUUGUGUCAGACACUAGCCAGAAGCAGGAGAAAGCAAAGGUCAUCGACGUCACUGUGCCUCUGCAGUGUCUGGUCAAAGACUCCAAACUCAUCCUCACAGAGGCCUCUAAGGCAGGGUUGCCGGGCUUCUAUGACCCUUGUGUAGGAGAGGAGAAGAGUCUUAAAUUACUGUACCAGUUCAGAGGUGUGAUGCACCAAGUCAUCUCUGCAGACACUGAGCCUCUACGGAUACCCAGGCAAUCUCACAGAAUUGAGUCUGAGUCCUAGGAGCUCACCACUGCAGGAGCACCAGAGGGCAAAUGCAGAUAAAAAAGACUUUGUGUAAACUGAAGAACCCAUGAGUGGAGGGGACACAUCAAAAAUAAGUCAGAUUCUCUCCUCCAUUCCUCUUCUGUCAUGGUAUUAAUGAAUCCGUUUAUCAACUUCGUCCACUCCUCCCUCUCCUGUGGGCCAUCUCCCAGGUUCAGCAAAAAUACAGGAGUCAGCUCAGAGUUUCUACAAGGUGUCACCCUUUGAGUCUCUAGUCGGCUACACCUGACAGGGCUGCUCAAAUAUCUGCCUGCUGCAGGAGAUCAGACAUUGGCCCCAAGCAUAGUUUUAUAAAUGCUACUACACAGAGGGACUUGCUCAAAGAUAAAUUUAUAAAAAUUUCUUGACAUUUGUUAUGUCAAGUGUAUACAAACGAGCUGUGCUGUAAUUUUAGCCCUUAUCAUUGUAGUCUUUGUCCUGUAUGUGUAUCACCCUUGUUGUUUUGAAUCUAAUAAUGUUAUAACAUACCAGUCAAUUCACUUACUCAUGCAAAAUGUUUAGAGUAACACUAUGCAGGAUCGUGUCUCAUGUCUGUGACCCUAACGCUGGCCAAGAACUGAGGAAUGAUUGUGUAACUCGUGUUUUUGUUAAUGCGUUGAAAAUGUCUCAUCCUCAAUUUAUUAUGCCUUUCAGUGACAUGUCUGCUGCCAGUCAGCAGGUGCAAACUGGUGCUCAAAACUUAUAUCUGUGAGGGUUUGGCUUUGGAGUCUGGAGGAGGGAUAGCAUGGGAAGGAAAAGUGAAAGCGAUGCCCUCUGAUGGUAGUUAUCCAACGAAGGAGAGACAGGCUUGAAUUAUCUAUACAGAUUUUUUUUAAUUUUAAGAUCUCAGGCUAGACUGCAGUUUAAAGACAGAGAUUCCUUUUGUAUUUGAUUUGCGUCAGUGUUUACUGAUUAUCUUUGUGCAGUUGCAGCCAAAAAAGAAUAUUCUACUGUGUUUUUUUUUUAAUACAGUGGAGGCUAUAGCUUGUACAUCACUGGUGUUUAUCUGGCACAAAGCCAGUGAUGACAGUAACUACUGGUAUGGGUUUGAAACAUUUAAAAAAAAAAAAAAAAUGGAGAUAUGAAUGAAGAAUCUUUUUCCGGAUGGGAUGCAACCAGCAGAGGGCAUAGUUCAACACUGUCCCUCCGACAAAUAAUAACUUGUUACUGGAGCUGACCUGAGUAACACUAUAACUAUUUUACUUAUUAUGGCAUAUUUACAUGGUUACAUGAAUUUGGUGUUAAAAACCAGGUUUAGUGCGUACACCAUUCAUGUGCCAUUUCUGUUAGUUUGAUCUUGUUAUCCCUCCCCUUUUAUUUAUUUAAAAAUCCUGAAUUGAUUUAAUCUUAAAUGCAAUCUGAGUUCUUACACAAAGUAGCGUAUAAGAUGCUAAACCUAUAUUUUUCAUCCAGCAUUUUUAUGCCUGUCAUUUAGGUGAUAAUCUAAACUCAGUAACUCACCAUUGGUAGCUAUUUUCUGAUCAAUGUGGUGAGACUGACAUGGGGAAAUCUAAUAUCCUAUGAUGUACUUUUUGUUGAGUAUAGAUGUUGUAGGACAGAAGUCCCAAAGUUUAGUCCUUAUACUGAUGUAUUAUUUGUGUCAGUAGCUACAGUGGUUUCAGCUGAAGGUGGACUGGUACUGUAACUGCAAGGGGAAGGGUGAGGGUCUGUCAGUUAUUCUUCAUUUUGUUUGGGAACCCUGUAAUGAACUACGGAGAAUCCCUGAACACACUACUGUAGGAUAAAAAUUGUAUUUUACUGAAAAAAAGUGAUAUUUUGCACAAAAUGUACAGUAUUAAAAGCAAAAUUUUUAGGCUAGUUGACAUGAAAGUGGUGCUGAAGACUCUAAUAGUUAUUUAUACUAAACUCCAUAUGGUGCAUCUAAGAACAGUUAUUGGUCCAUUGGUCCCUGAUUGAUUCCGAUUUUGCCAUCAGUGGUAAGUUGUCAGGACGUCUGUCUCUGCGCAGCUCUACAGUUAGAUAAUGGUCUUGGCUUGGGGUCACUAUUACAGCAGCCAUUUUGCACUGAUUCUGUUUGUAGUAUUUGUCUCCUCUCUUUAGUUUUAAGUGUUCUGUAAAGUAUUUUGACAGGUCAGCUGGUCACCUCUGCUCUAGUGCAUCCAUGAGGCCAGCAGAAAGAUUGCUCCCUGCUGUUAAAUUACAACCCAUCAUCCAAACUGAUCCACCUUAUGUAAAUGUACUGA